AUGGCUGGACCCGUGAAGAAGAAGUGGUACAACAUCCAGUGGUUUUCCGACACUGACACGCCGGAGGAGCGCAGAUUCAUCAUCAAGCUUGAUGCUCUCAUCGUUCCCUAUGCCGUCCUAUCAUACUGGGUCAAGUACAUUGACCAGUCUAAUCUGAACAAUGCAUACGUCGCCGGACUGAAAGAGGAUCUGGGCUUCCACGGCAACGAGCUCGUCCAGCUCCAGACGCUGUACGUGGUCGGCGCCGUGGUCGGGCAGAUCCCCUUCUUCUUUCUGCUGACCUACAUCCCCAUCUACUGGCUACUGCCCUUCCUCGACGUCGCGUGGGGAAUCUUCACGCUCCUGCAGUUCCGGGUAAACGGCUUCGCCGAGCUGGCGGCCUACCGCUUCCUGGUCGGCUGGUUCGAGGCGCCUUACUUCCCCAUCAUCCACUACAUGCUCGGCUCGUGGUACCGCGGAGACGAGAUCGGCCGUCGCGGCGGAAUCUUCUACCUCGGCCUGUCGUUGGGUACCCUGACGGCCGGCCUCAUCCAGGCGGGCGCCUCGGCCCGCCUGGACGGCGUCAACGGCCUGGAGGGCUGGCGCUGGAUGUACAUCAUCUGCUCCCUCAUCACCAUCCCCGUCGGCUUCCUCGGCUACAUCAUCCUGCCGGGAACGCCCGACCAGCCCAACCGCCGGGUGCUCAAGCAGAAGGACAUCGACAUCGGGGAGAGGCGGCUGAGACGCGUGGGCCACAGCUCCCACGGGAAGAUGAAGUGGGUGCACCUGAAGAAGGUGCUCCUCAGCCCGCAGUUCUGGGGUAUCAUCGCCGUCGACAUAUUCUUCUGGCAGUCGGGCACGCACAGCUCGGCCGGCUCCUUCCUCCUGUGGAUCAAGAGUCUGGAUCGGUACUCCCAGGCCAAGAUCAACGAGCUGGGGACGAUCGCACCCGCCCUGGGUAUCUUCUACACCCUGCUCGUGUGCUUUUCCUCGGAUCUCCUGAUCGGCCCCGCGUGGGCCAUCACGCUCGCCCACUUCUGGAACGCCCUGGGUCUCAUCAUCCUGACGAUCUGGGACGUCCCCGAGUCGGCGCUCUGGUUCGCCUACUCGACCAUCUACGCCUCCGUCUCCAUGUCGAGCGUCUUUCACGGCUGGGUGAACACCCAGCUGAGAGCGUCCCCGGCCGAGCGAUCGUUCACCUUGGUCUUGAUCAACGCAAUCUCCCAGUCUACCACGGCGUGGACGCCACUUCUCACCUAUCCUACGGUUGAGGGCCCUAGGUUCCGCAAGGGAUACCCCUUCACUCUGUCGAUGUCGCUGAUCCUCAUCAUCUGCACGCAUGCCCUUCGACUGUACCUGAAGCACCGCGAGUAA